GGGCCCUGCUUCCCUCUCGCGGGCUCUCGCUGCCCCACUUAGGCAGCGCUGCCCUUACUCCUCUCCGCCGGGUCCGAGCGGCCCCUCAGCCGGCGCGGUCCAGCCCCGCAAGGCUCCCGGUGACCACUAGAGGGCGGGAGGAGGUCCUGGCCAGUGGUGGACAGUGGCAAGGAAGGACCCUAGGGUUCAUCGGAGCCCAGGUUUCCUCCCUUAAGUGGAAAUUUCUUCCCCCACUCCCUCCUUGGCUUUCUCCAAGGAGGGAACCCAGGCUGCUGGAAAGUCCGGCUGGGGCGGGGACUGUGGGUUUCAGGGUAGAACUGCGUGUGGAACGGGACAGGGAGCGGUUAGAAGGGUGGGGCCAUUCCGGGAAGUGGUGGGGGGAGGGAGCCCAAAACUAGCACCUAGUCCACUCAUUAUUCAGCCCUCUUAUUUCUCGGCCCCGCUCUGCUUCAGUGGACCCGAGGAGGGCGGGGAAGUGGAGUGGGAGACCUAGGGGUGGGCUUCCCGGCCUUGCUGUACAGGACCUCGACCUAGCUGGCUUUGUUCCCCAUCCCCACGUUAGUUGUUGCCCUGAGGCUAAAACUAGAGCCCAGGGGCCCCAGGUUCCAGACUGCCCCUCCCCCCUCCCCCCGGAGCCAGGGAGUGGUUGGUGAAAGGGGGAGGCCAGCUGGAGAACAAACGGGUAGUCAGGGGGUUGAGCGAUUAGAGCCCUUGUACCCUACCCAGGAAUGGUUGGGGAGGAGGAGGAAGAGUUGUUACAGGUUCUGGUCAUGCAAGCUCUACCCCAGGUGGAGAAAAGGAGACUUCGGCUACCCAAAGAAGUUCAGUGCCCAGCUCUACUGAGAAGAAUGCUGUGAGUAUGACCAGCAGCAUACUCUCCAGCCACAGCCCCGGUUCAGGCUCCUCCACCACUCAGGGACAGGAUGUCACUCCAGCCCCUGCCACGGAACCAGCUUCAGGUUCAGCUGCCACCUGGGGACAGGAUGUCACCUCGGUCCCAGUCACCAGGCCAGCCCUGGGCUCCACCACCCCGCCAGCCCACGAUGUCACCUCGGCCCCGGACAACAAGCCGGCCCCAGGCUCCACCACCCCCCCAGCCCACGGUGUCUCCUCGGCCCCGGACACCAGGCCCGCCCCGGGCUCCACCGCCCCCCCAGCCCACGGUGUCACCUCGGCCCCGGACACCAGGCCGGCCCCGGGCUCCACCGCCCCCCCAGCCCACGGUGUCACCUCGGCCCCGGACACCAGGCCGGCCCCGGGCUCCACCGCCCCCCCAGCCCACGGUGUCACCUCGGCCCCGGACACCAGGCCGGCCCCGGGCUCCACCGCCCCCCCAGCCCACGGUGUCACCUCGGCCCCGGACACCAGGCCGGCCCCGGACACCAGGCCGGCCCCGGGCUCCACCGCCCCCCCAGCCCACGGUGUCACCUCGGCCCCGGACACCAGGCCGGCCCCGGGCUCCACCGCCCCCCCAGCCCACGGUGUCACCUCGGCCCCGGACACCAGGCCGGCCCCGGGCUCCACCGCCCCCCCAGCCCACGGUGUCACCUCGGCCCCGGACACCAGGCCGGCCCCGGACACCAGGCCGGCCCCGGGCUCCACCGCCCCCCCAGCCCACGGUGUCACCUCGGCCCCGGACACCAGGCCGGCCCCGGGCUCCACCGCCCCCCCAGCCCACGGUGUCACCUCGGCCCCGGACACCAGGCCGGCCCCGGACACCAGGCCGGCCCCGGGCUCCACCGCCCCCCCAGCCCACGGUGUCACCUCGGCCCCGGACACCAGGCCGGCCCCGGGCUCCACCGCCCCCCCAGCCCACGGUGUCACCUCGGCCCCGGACACCAGGCCGGCCCCGGGCUCCACCGCCCCCCCAGCCCACGGUGUCACCUCGGCCCCGGACACCAGGCCGGCCCCGGGCUCCACCGCCCCCCCAGCCCACGGUGUCACCUCGGCCCCGGACACCAGGCCGGCCCCGGGCUCCACCGCCCCCCCAGCCCACGGUGUCACCUCGGCCCCGGACACCAGGCCGGCCCCGGACACCAGGCCGGCCCCGGGCUCCACCGCCCCCCCAGCCCACGGUGUCACCUCGGCCCCGGACACCAGGCCGGCCCCGGGCUCCACCGCCCCCCCAGCCCACGGUGUCACCUUGGCCCCGGACACCAGGCCGGCCCCGGGCUCCACCGCCCCUCCAGUCCACAAUGUCACCUCGGCCUCAGGCUCUGCAUCAGGCUCAGCUUCUACUCUGGUGCACAAUGGCACCUCUGCCAGGGCUACCACAACCCCAGCCAGCAAGAGCACUCCAUUCUCAAUUCCCAGCCACCACUCUGAUACUCCUACCACCCUUGCCAACCAUAGCACCAAGACUGAUGCCAGUAGCACUCACCAUAGCACGGUACCUCCUCUCACCUCCUCCAAUCACAGCACUUCUCCCCAGUUGUCUACUGGGGUCUCUUUCUUUUUCCUGUCUUUUCACAUUUCAAACCUCCAGUUUAAUUCCUCUCUGGAAGAUCCCAGCACCGACUACUACCAAGAGCUGCAGAGAGACAUUUCUGAAAUGUUUUUGCAGAUUUAUAAACAAGGGGGUUUUCUGGGCCUCUCCAAUAUUAAGUUCAGGCCAGGAUCUGUGGUGGUACAAUUGACUCUGGCCUUCCGAGAAGGUACCAUCAAUGUCCACGACGUGGAGACACAGUUCAAUCAGUAUAAAACGGAAGCAGCCUCUCGAUAUAACCUGACGAUCUCAGACGUCAGCGUGAGUGAUGUGCCAUUUCCUUUCUCUGCCCAGUCUGGGGCUGGGGUGCCAGGCUGGGGCAUCGCGCUGCUGGUGCUGGUCUGUGUUCUGGUUGUGCUGGCCAUUGUCUAUCUCAUUGCCUUGGCUGUCUGUCAGUGCCGCCGAAAGAACUACGGGCAGCUGGACAUCUUUCCAGCCCGGGAUACCUACCAUCCUAUGAGCGAGUACCCCACCUACCACACCCAUGGGCGCUAUGUGCCCCCUAGCAGUACCGAUCGUAGCCCCUAUGAGAAGGUGAGAUUGGGCCCAACAGGCCGGGGGAAGCAGAGGGUUUGGCUGGGCAAGGAUUCUGAAGGGGGUACUUGGAAAACCCAAAGAGCUUGGAAGAGGUGAGAAGUGGCGUGAAGUGAGCAGGGGAGGGCCUGGCAAGGAUGGGGGGCAGAGGUCAGAGGAGUUUUGGGGGACAGGCCUGGGAGGAGACUAUGGAAGAAAGGGGCCCUCAAGAGGGAGUGGCCCCACUGCCAGAAUUCCUAAAAGAUCAUUGGCCGUCCACAUUCAUGCUGGCUGGCUCUGGCUGAACUGGUGCCACCGUGGCAGUUUUGUUUUGUUUUGCUUUUUUGCACCCAGAGGCAAAAUGGGUGGAGCACUAUGCCCAGGGGAGCCCUUCCCGAGGAGUCCCAGGGGUGAGCCCCUGUGCCCCUAAUCAUCUCCUAGGAAUGGAGGGUAGACCGAGAAAGGCUGGCAUAGGGGGAGGUUUCCCAGGUAGAGAAAGAAGUGUCAGCAGACCAGGUGAGUGUGGGUGCCAGUGGGGUUCUUGGGAGCUUCAAGGAAGCAAGGAACGCUCUCCCUCCUUCCUCUCCUGGUCUUUCUCUAUGGGACCUAGUAAAUAAUUACUGCAGCCACCUGAGGCUGGAAAACCACUCCAGGUGGGGGAGGAGAAAGGAGUUUAGUUUUCUUGCUCCUAUUUUCCUUCUCCUGGAGACCUCCCUCUCUCGGCUUUACAAAGACACAGAUACACCCCGCCCCCCAAAACACACACACACACCUCCUUAGGCUGGAACAGCAGAGAAUGGAGGGACAAGGGGGCUGAUUAGAGCCAAGGAGAGGGAGUGAAGGAGAGCAGAGGGAGGAGGGCAGCCCUGUUUACAGUCACCUGGCUGGUGGGGUGGCAGGUGCUCUCUCUGAAUUAACCCUUUGAGAGCUGGCCAGGACUCUGGACUGAUUACCCCAGCCUGGGGUGGCAUCCAGGGGCUCUAGGAGGUACCUUCUGCUCCUCACCCUGGAUCUCUUUUCCUUCCACCCAGGUUUCUGCAGGUAAUGGUGGCAGCAGCCUCUCUUACACAAACCCAGCAGUGGCAGCCACUUCUGCCAACUUGUAGGGGCAUGUCGCCCGCUGAGCUGAGUGGCCAGCCAGUGCCAUUCCACUCCACUCAGGUUCUUCAGGGCCAGAGCCCCUGCACCCUGUUUGGGCUGGUGAGCUGGGAGUUCAGGUGGGCUGCUCACAGCCUCCUUCAGAGGCCCCACCAAUUUCUCGGACACUUCUCGGCGUGUGGAAGCUCAUGUGGGCCCCUGAGGGCUCAUGCCUGGGAAGUGUUGUGGUGGGGGCUCCCAGGAGGACUGGCCCAGAGAGCCCUGAGAUAGCGGAGAACCUGAACUGGACUGAAUAAAACGUGGUCUCCCGCUGAGCCAA